AUGAGGAUACGCAACAAACAGGCUAGACCAUCGGGUUUGAAUGAUGCAGUGCGUCAUGCAGUCGAAAUAGAAGCCUACUACAAAGCUGAGCAAAAGCACCUUGCCUCAAGUCAGGUGCGGGCAACAAGUACUGCAGAGGACGAUAGCCAGAUCAAACCUCAGGCCCUUGCAGUCUGCAAUUCAACAAUUACAAAACGAGUUCACAGCAGUCAGCAGCAGCAGCCAGCCAGCAGGCAGCAGCAGCAGCAGCAGUCCAGCAGCAGCAGCAGCACAGGCAUGCAGCAGCAAGCAGCAUCAGCCAGCAAGCAGCAGCAGCAGCAGCAGCCGCAGCAGCACAGAAUCAGCAGCGCAGCAGCCAGCCACAGGCAGCAGCAGCAGCAGAAGCAAGCAGCAGCAGGCAUAGCUGUUGUGUUCCGUUCUGGCAGGUAA